CAAAACUAGCCGUUUGUGUUUUGUACCAAGAAGAGGCUUUCUUUGUAGUUUGCACCAAUCCACCUGACAAUUGUUUACAGUUUUUGUUCUCUCUCUCUCUCUCUCUCUCUCUCUCUCUCUCUCUCUCUCUCUCUCUCUCUCUCUCUCUCUCUCUCUCUCUCUCUCUCUCUCUCUCUCUCUCUCUCUCUUACCAACACAAGAUUCCUCAAUACCCCGCGCCCCACUCACUCAUUCAUAUGACCAACAUCACGUGCUUCUUCUCUGUUUUUUUGUUCCUGAUUUCUCUCUCUUCCCUAUUACAUAUUCAUCAUCCAUAACUCUUCUUCUACUGUUUCAUUUCUAUGAUCUAUUCUCACUCACCACACUCUCUUCUCUAACAUUUCAAAAACAGUGUCUUUAUGGACACUUCUACUACAGAGAAGAACAACAACACCAACACUCACCAAAUUUUGCAACUUGGGAUGAGAAAUGCAGCAAAAAGACACAAUUUUUACACCAACCCACUUCAUUUUUUCAGGUUAAUUUUCAUUUGCAUCUUCUGGGUCAAUUUUCUAUGGCUUCCUAUGAAGCCAGUUUUGUGUGAAGAGCAUUGGGAUGGAGUUGUUGUAACACAGUCAAAUUUCUUAGCACUUCAAGCAUUCAAAGAAGAGUUAAUUGAUCCAAAAGGGUACUUGAAAACAUGGAAUGAUAGUGGCUUUGGAGCUUGUUCUGGAGCUUGGGCUGGAAUCAAGUGUGCUCAAGGACAAGUUAUUGUAAUUCAGCUUCCAUGGAAAGGAUUAAAGGGUAAAAUCACUGAUAGGAUUGGUCAACUUGAAGGUCUUAGAAAGCUUAGUCUUCAUAAUAAUCAAAUUAGUGGUUCAAUCCCUUCAUCAUUAGGACUUUUAAUCAAUCUUAGAGGAGUUCAACUCUUUAAUAAUAGGUUAACAGGUUCAAUCCCUCCUUCAUUAGGUUAUUGUCCUAUGCUUCAAUCUUUAGAUUUUAGUAACAAUUUGCUCACAGGUACAAUCCCUGAGAGCUUUGGAAAUGCCACUAAGCUUUAUUGGCUUAACAUAAGUUUCAAUUCAUUGUCUGGUUCAAUACCAACUAGUUUAACUAGCUUGAAUUCUCUCACUUUCAUAUCUCUUCAACACAAUAAUCUCUCAGGUUCUGUCCCUAAUUCAUGGGGUGGUAGCUUGAAAAAUGGAUUCUUUAGGCUUCAAAAUCUUGUAUUGGAUCAUAACUUCUUGACAGGAACAAUUCCUGCUUCUUUAGGUAACUUAAGAGAACUUAGAGAGAUUUCUCUUAGUCAUAACCAAUUUAGUGGCCAUAUUCCUCAAAGUAUUGGUAACAUUUCAAAUCUUAAACUGCUUGAUUUGUCAUUGAAUAAUCUCAGUGGAGAAAUUCCCAUUUCUUUUGAUAAUCUUGAUAGUCUUAAUUUCUUCAAUGUUUCUCAUAAUAACCUCUCCGGUCCCGUUCCAACUUUACUAGCACAGAAAUUUAACUCGAGCUCGUUUGUCGGAAAUAUUCAAUUAUGUGGUUAUAGUCCUUCCACUCAAUGUCCCUCUGUAGCUCCUUCUGAAGUACCUGCAGCACCUUCAGAAGCACCGAAACACCGCCAUCACAAGAAACUAGGUACGAAAGACAUAAUCCUCAUUGUAGCAGGAGUGCUCCUUGUACUCCUGAUAAUAGUCUGCUGCAUUCUGCUCUUCUGUCUGUUCCGAAAAAGGAAAACAUCGAAUGCCGAGGGUGGACAGGCUACAGCGAGAGCAGCAGCUGCUGCUGGAAGGACAGGAAAAGGAGUCCCUCCUAUCGGUGGAGAAGUUGAAACGGGCGGUGACGCUGGAGGCAAACUGGUUCAUUUUGAUGGACCAUUGGCUUUUACAGCUGACGAUCUCCUGUGUGCGACGGCCGAGAUAAUGGGAAAGAGCACAUAUGGAACAGUGUAUAAGGCAACAUUAGAGGAUGGUAGUCAAGCUGCGGUGAAACGAUUGAGGGAAAAAAUCACCAAGAACCAAAGAGAUUUUGAAUCUGAAGUUAGUGUUCUAGGGAGAAUUAGACAUCCAAAUCUUUUGGCAAUGAGAGCCUAUUACUUGGGACCUAAAGGAGAAAAGCUUCUGGUUUUCGAUUAUAUGCCUAAAGGAAGUCUUGCUUCUUUCCUACAUGCUCAUGGACCUGAAAUAAGAAUUGAUUGGCCAAUAAGGAUGAACAUAGCACAGGGCAUGGCUCGCGGCUUGUUAUACCUACAUUCACAUGAGAACAUUAUACAUGGGAACCUAACUUCAAGCAAUGUAUUGCUUGAUGAGAACAUAAAUGCAAAAAUAGCAGAUUUUGGUCUAUCAAGGUUGAUGACAACUGCUGCCAACUCAAAUGUAAUUGCUACUGCCGGAGCAUUAGGAUACCGAGCUCCCGAGCUAUCGAAACUGAAAAAAGCAAACACAAAAACUGAUGUAUACAGUCUUGGUGUAAUCUUGUUAGAACUCCUAACAAGGAAGCCACCUGGUGAGGCACUGAAUGGUGUUGAUUUACCUCAGUGGGUUGCCUCUAUUGUUAAAGAGGAGUGGACAAAUGAAGUUUUCGACGUCGAUUUGAUGAGAGAUUCAUCUACAAAUGGUGAUGAAUUGCUAAACACUUUGAAGCUUGCUUUGCACUGUGUUGAUCCUUCUCCAUCAGCACGGCCCGAAGUUCAGCUGAUACUUCAGCAGCUAGAAGAGAUUAGACCACAGCUAUCAUCAGCCAUUUCUAGUGAUGAAGGAGCUAUCCCUUCAACAAGUGAAUAAAUUGCAUCAUGUUUUGCAAUUUUUUAUUUUUGUUUCUCCUUAGUUUUAGAUGAUCAUUAGGAUAGUAUUAUGUUAUUCUUUCAUUCUUAUAUGAAUUAAAUUUUUUGCCUGAGUGUGUAUGUAUAUACUGAUGUGUGUGUUUUGAUUCAGUGAGUGUUUCCUCUUUAACACUUAAUCAUUUCAUAAUGGAAACUAGUUUUGUUCAA